GUCUUAAUAUACCUCGGUUUGAACUUGACACGCUUCACUCCCACUGCAACUUCGACCAUGAUUAAAAAUGGAGUCUGCACUCUCCGCACCUGCUUCCGUUUUCCGGGGAGGUCGCUAUUCCCACCAUUGCAGCGCUCGUUCACUUUCCGGCGGCGGUUUCUGGUGACUGCAUCCCAAAGGAAGAAGAAAGAGAAGGUUAUUGUCAUUUCUGGACCCACCGGUUCGGGCAAGAGCCGCCUCGCAUUGGAACUCGCUAAGAGCCUCAACGGCGAAAUCGUCAGUGCAGACUCUGUCCAGGUAUAUCGGGGGCUUGAUGUUGGAUCUGCAAAGCCUUCCCCAGAUGAAAGAAAGGAGGUGCCACAUCAUCUGGUUGACAUACUGCUCCCAUCUGAAGACUAUUCUGUUGGGCAGUUUUUUGAGGAUGCAAGGCAAGCUACAAGAUGUAUUCUUGACAAUGGCCGUGUUCCCAUAGUUGUUGGAGGCACUGGAUUGUAUUUAAGAUGGUUCAUAUAUGGAAAGCCAGAUGUACCUAAAUCUUCUUCAGUGAUUACAUCUGAAGUAAAUCAAGAAUUAGCUGAACUACAGAGGAAUGAAGACUGGGAUACAGCUGUACAGUUGGUGGUAAAAGCAGGAGACCCAAAGGCUCAAUUUCUAGCAGUGAAUGAUUGGUAUCGACUACGGCGUAGCCUAGAGAUUACUAAGUCUAGUGGAUCACCUCCUUCUGCAUUUCGGGUACCAUAUGAUUCUUUCAGGGAACAGGGUGAAUGUAGUGUUGAUGAUUCUGAGUCAUCUGAUAUGAACACCUACGGUGAUGGAAUGGAAGAAACCAGCUCAUCAGAGUUAGACUAUGAGUUUAUGUGCUUUUUCCUUUCUAGUCAUAGACUUGACCUCUAUAGAUCAAUUGAUUAUCGGUGUGAAGAUAUGCUUUUAGGAAGGGAUGGGAUUUUGUCCGAGGCUCAGUGGCUUCUUGAUACGGGUCUUCAUCCAAACUCCAAUUCUGCAACUAAAGCAAUUGGUUACAGACAAGCCAUGGAGUACUUACAAAGAUGCAGAGAGCAAGGGGGUCAGAGUUCUGCUGCAGAGUUUUACAAAUUCUUGUUUGAAUUUCAAAAAGCAUCACGGAAUUUUGCAAAAAGGCAGUUGACAUGGUUUCGCAAUGAAAAGAUAUACCAGUGGCUUGAUGGUUCUAAACCUCUGGAAACCAUUCUCAGUUUCAUUAAUGACGCAUACCAUGACUGGAAUGGAAGUCUUCCUGUGCCUGAACACUUAAAAAUGUCGAGAGAUAUUUCUAAUCGCCGAGAAGAAAAACAUCUAAAGUCUUACCGCACCAGAAAUAGGCAUUUUGUGAAGGGGGAAGAUUGUUCUCAUAUUCUUAAUUGGAUAAGCAAGACUCAAAGGUGAAGUGAUGGAUAUUAUUUUCCUUUUGCAUUCUUGAACUGACUUUGAAUUUCAAAUUCUAGAGUUUCCCGGUCAGAGAGAAAGUUUUGUUUUCAUUAACUUUUCUUCAUUACAUCCUUUUGUCAUCUGUAAUGUAAUAUUGUUUUCUGGAAUAUUAUAAUGACAGCUGAACUUGGAAGUUUAA